CCCACGGGAGCUAUCUAUCGUAACGCGCGUUUAUUUCACCGGAGCUACAUGGAGAUGGAGAAAAUAUUCAAGGUGUACGUAUACCCAGAUGGUGACCUACCAAUUGCUCAUGAUGGCCCUUGCAAGGACAUAUACUCAAUUGAAGGGAGGUUCCUCCAUGAGAUGGAACACAAUGCAAGGAAUUUUAGGACCAACAAUCCAGAUGUUGCUCAUGUUUACUUCUUGCCAUUCAGUGUCACUUGGAUGGUCAAGUACCUCUAUACUCCACUCUCUCACGACCUCACUCCUUUAAAGCAGUUUGUCUCUGACUAUGUGAGAGUGAUAUCUACUAAGCACCCCUUCUGGAAUAGAACUCAAGGUGCCAACCACUUCAUGCUUGCUUGUCAUGAUUGGGGUCCGCACGCAUCACAGGGCAACCCCUUCCUCUACAACACCUCCAUCCGUGUCUUAUGCAAUGCCAACACUUCAGAGGGGUUUGAACCUCGAAAGGACGUGUCCUUGCCAGAAAUCCACCUCUAUGGAGGUGAAGUAUCCCCAAAACUCCUUUCACCUCCACCAGACAACACCACACGACAGUUUCUUGCAUUCUUCGCUGGUGGUAUGCAUGGCCCCAUUCGCCCCAACCUCCUUCACCAUUGGAAAAACCAUGACAACGAUAUUCGUGUAUACGAGUACCUCCCCAAAGACUUGGACUACUAUUCCUUCAUGCUUAACUCCAAGUUCUGCCUUUGUCCAAGUGGACACGAAGUGGCUAGUCCUAGAAUCGUGGAGGCAAUUUAUGCUGAAUGUGUUCCAGUGAUCCUGUCGAAGUAUUACGUGUUGCCCUUUAGUGAUGUGUUGCAAUGGGAAGCGUUUUCUGUGCAAAUAGAUGUUUCAGAUAUUCCAAGGUUGAAAGAGAUUCUCGGUGCAAUUUCAGAUGACAAGUAUAGAAAGCUUAAGGAAGGAGUAAAGGCUGUGAGGAAACACUUUACACUGAAUCAGCCAGCUAAGAGAUAUGAUGUAUUUCAUAUGAUCUUGCAUUCUAUAUGGUUAAGGAGACUAAACAUAGAACUCAGAGAGACUAGUUCUAACCCCAUAUAG